AUGUCCAGGACCACCGCAAUCUCCAAGCUGAAGCAUUCGAUCUUCUCAAAUCACAAUCUCUUCUCAAGUCUUCUCAAAUCACAAUCUCCGCUCGCGUCUUCAUCGCAUCCCCACUUCAACACACUUAGUGUUCUUCACUUCUCAUCAUCUCCAAAUCUCACCAUGCGUUUCUCAGCCGAGCUUGUGGCCCUCGUAGCCAUUUCCUCCUUCGGUCUAGUUGCCGCUGCUCCUAUCGCCGAGGCAGAAGCGGACCCAGCUCCACUCUUUAUCGGUGGACAGUAUUAUGGCGGUGGCUUCGAAAAGCAUGGUGGCCACGGCAUCAAAAGAGACCGCUACAGGGAGAAAGGCCACAAAAAAAGCCAUCACCAUGGCUACAGAGAGCGAGAGCGAGAGCAUGAGCAUGGCCAUGGUCACCACGAGCAUCAUCUGGGAGGGCAUGGAGGCUUUGGAGGCUAUGGCGGCGGUGGCUAUGGCGGCUAUGGCGGCGGCUAUGGCUACAAAGAGCGUCGUACUGACCCUAGUGCCCGACCCGCAUCCAGCCACGGGACCUACCCUGGUGGGCACUGGGAUGGAGGAGUCUGGGCUGGUGGCUCCUACAAGCGUAGUGUGGUAAAGCGUGACGGGGCUCAGAAUGAGGACGGUAAAGACGAUGGCUACGAUGAUGGCUAUUACGACGAUGGCUAUUAUGACGAUGACUACUAUGACGAUGAUAGAGACGGAAGAGAUGAUAGAGAUGGAAGAGACCACAGGGAUGGAAGAGACGAUAGAGACGAUAGAGAUGGGAGAGAUGGAAGGGACAGGGAUGACCGCGAUAACCGUGACCAUGAGGGACGACACCGAGAUGUCAAACGUACGGAUGGCUACGAACACGGAAAGGAGCAUGAGAAUCAGAAGGAGCAUGAGAAACAGAAGGAACAUGAGAAACAGAAGGAACAUGAGAAGCAGAAGGAGCAUGAGAAGCACCACAAAGAGCCUGAGAAGGAGCACAAGAAGCAUGAGAAACAGAAGGAGCAUGAGAAACAGAAAGAACACGAGAAGGAUCACAAGAAGCACGAGAAGCAGAAGGAGCCGAAGGAGCACAAGAAGCAGGAGAAGCAUAAGGAGCCUGAGAAGGGUCACAAGGAGCACGAGAAGCAGAAGGAGCAUGAGAAACAAAAGGAGCAUGAGAAGCAUGAGAAGCAGAAAGAACACGAGAAGCAGAAAGAGCACGAGAAGCAGAAGGAGCACGAGAAGCAGAAGGAGCACGAGAAGCAGAAGGAGUAUGAAAAGCAGAAGGAGCACGAGAAGCAGAAGGAACAUGAGAAACAGAAGGAGCAUGAGAAGUUCCAUCACAAGGUCCAUCACAAGGACUAUUAA